CCUUAUCUGACAUUGAUGAAGGAGUGUAUCCCAGUUGUUUUGCCGAACGUAAGAGCACAAAUCAGACAGGAAACUAAGCGUCACAAACUGAAAGUCAUAUGCAGUGGGCACGCUAACCGGAAACAGCCCAUUCGGCCGACCGAGGCGCGGGCCCCGAGGAAACUUGAAUGGUUCAUUCAAAGAAGAACGGAAGGAAAGCUGCAUGAAACUGUUUUAUUCCAAGUUUCGGAUCCUAUCGACAUGUCCAACGAAAAAGAUGAGAAGACAUCAAAGGCGACAGCUGGCUCUUCAAAAGCUGAGAGUUCUUCUAGAUCUUCAAACUCAUUAGUUAGAUUGCCCUCUUUCCGCCAGCCUCGAGAUUUAACUCUUGGCUCUGGGAAUGUGUCAAGAGGAGGGGCCUUCAGCCUUGGUGCCAAUAAAACACGUAAAGUCUAUGCGCCCAAUAUUAAUGUGCAGCGAAAAGUAAAGGAGGAAGUUAAUGUCAAAGAAGAGGUACCAAAACAAAAAGAACGUGGAAAGGGCAGAGGGGAGCGAGGUAGAAGUGAACGUGGUCGGGGAAGAACUGCCCCAAAUGUCAUCCAGCUUUCAAGUGGAGUCUUUUCAGAGGGUAUAGCUGCUUCUAAACAACGACCUGGAGGACGAAGCAAGCAAGAUGAAGGGGGCUCUAGUUAUAUUCCUAAACCAAAAUUAGAUCUAAAGCAAAACUAUGCAACUGAUAAUAAAGAAGAAAAUGAACGUCUGAGGCAGCUUCUACAGGAUGAUUUUGUUGAUGAUCCAGAUGCUGGGGGAGAUGGAAUGAAACCUCUCCAACUUCCCAUGAUUCCUAUGAAAAAGAAAGGAGGACUAAAAAAUAGUGUACCAGCAAUUAAAAAAGAGAAAAAUGAUCCAGAUUUGCCAGGGACUUCAUUGCCAGAUAAUGCAUCUGAUGUCAAGAUCAAAAGGGAACCUGGUGAAGAUGAUGGAGAGGAUUUUAAACCAAUGUCUGCUGAUGAAGGUCACAUAGUAUUUGAGCGUCGUGUUGGAGAGUUAUUAAACAGCCGAGAGUCAGAGUAUAUUUUAGUUCAGCUACCUGACUGUUUGCCUGGAUUAAGACCGUCAGUCGAACCAGAUGGAAGCAAGAACAUCAAUGGAGCACCAUCUGGAGCGCAAGGAGACACCAGCCCAAACCCACAGUGUACACUCUCCUCAAUACCUGAGGGCUCUAUUGGCAAAAUUCAGCUCAUGAGAUCAGGACGAGCUUUUUUGAAGUUGGGUUCAGUCUCCCUGCCAUUGUCUAUGGGCACGCAAGUUGGAUUCAAACAGGACCUCAUAUCAGUCAAGUUGGAUGACCAAGAAAAGGGUGGGAAGAUGAUUAAUUUAGGUCAAGUUAGAGCACGUGUGGUUUUAACUCCUGAUUGGGAAGCACUAUUGCGAAAGGCAUGAAAAGAAGCUGCUUCCUCUGGAAACACUUUGUAAUUGACAAAGAGUGGUUCGAUCUCAAAAGUUAUAAAGAGCAAUUGGUGUUAAAAAGAUAGUAAGCAACAUAUUUCCUGAAGCUUCCAAAAAUGAAUUUCCGUGUCUGAUGUGUAAUUUUUAAAAAAAUCUAUGUAGUUUUGAGAUAAAUCCUUUUUUGUAUUUACUAAUAUCUACAUACCUGUUUACUUACAGUUUAUUGAUACUGUAACAACAUUUAAGACCAGGUGUGAUGUACUGUAUUUUUUGUAAAUUAUCUUACAACCUGUUCAAGUUUGUUUGUAUUUUUAUUUAUUUUUGCUCUAUUUUUAUCUAAGCGCCGGGGUGAUCUAAAUAGUUUGGCUCAUUUUUUUGUUGUUCUUGCUGUGAUGUGGAAGUCUUCAAACUACUCUAAUAUAAUUGAUAAAUAAGUUGUUAUUGUUGGUCUUUAUUAUGAAAACUUUUCAACAGAAAACUUUGGCUGGCAGCCUGGUCAGAGCCAUUUAAGUUAACUGAAAUAAAGGAAUCUGUCGAA